GGAUGGGGGCGCCCGGGUGGAAGCUCUGGAUGACUCCAUUCGUUGGCGCCCCCACUACACCGCGGGGCGCCCCACCGUGCCCUUCUGUGUCCUCCGGCUCCCCGCGCAAACCCUGCGUUUAUCCUCCGGGUGCGGUGGGCGUGGCCCACACAGCGCAUGCCCAGCCGCGCGGUCACGUGACGUCCGUCAUGGCCGCCUCCUUGGCCCGGAGCGGCGUGAGUGGGACGCUGCUUCUGCGGGCGACCAGGGGCUCGUGGUGGAGCAGGACCGGGGAGGUAGCGGCGCGGACAACGGCCAGGACAUUCCGGACAGCAGGCUGGCGCCCGGCACAAGGGGACAGCGGCGGCCCUGAGCGGCCCGGGGACGUGGUGAACGUGGUGUUCAUAGACCGGUCAGGCCAGCGGAUCCCGGUGAGCGGCAGAGUCGGGGACAAUGUCCUCCAUCUGGCCCAGCGCCACGGCGUGGACCUGGAAGCCCACAAUGGCCUCAAACUCACAGUGAUCCUCCUGCCUCAGCCUCGUGAGUUCUGGGAUUACAGCCGGGAGCAGAGGACCCAGCGAGGGACACGGAGCCUGCGAAGCCUCCCUAGCAUGCUCUACCUGUCACGUGUACGUGAGCGAGGCCCACCUGGACCUGCUGCCUCCCCCUGAGGAGCGGGAGGACGACAUGCUGGACAUGGCGCCCCUGCUCCAGGAGAACUCCCGCCUGGGCUGCCAGAUCGUGCUGACUCCCGAGCUGGAAGGGGCGGAGUUCACCCUGCCCAAGAUCACCAGGAACUUCUACGUGGACGGCCACGUCCCCAAGCCACACUGACGGGCAGCAGGACCAGCCCAGGACUGUGGUGGCCCUGGGAGCAGGACUGAAGGGAGAGCAGAGUGGCCGGCCGGCCCGCAGUGCAGACCCGGGAGAGAUGGGUCGCAGACCCGGGAAGGCCAUCGCCCCACAGAGGACAGACCCAGGCUGUGGUUGGGGACGGGUGCCUCCCGGGGAGCCUUCCCAGGCCCUGAGACAUAAGGCGUACCUAGGGGUGGACUCGUCCCAGCGGCAAUAAAACUGUGUCGCGGCA